AUGUGCAAAUGCAGCAACGAUCCAAGAAAUCUCGCUGUUUGGAAUUUUCCAUUGGACAUUACGUUUAAGAGUACAAAUCCGCACGGAUGGCCACAGCUUAUCAUGUCGAUUUACGGCUUGGAUUUUUUCGGUCACGACGUCAUUAGAGGAUACGGAGUGUGUCAUUUGCCUUUGAAAACUGGACAUCAUGAGAAAAGAUGAACAUAGACACGGUUUCGGAGAUACAAGGGGGUGAAAGUAAUCAUUUUCAGUCAGGAUAUAUUGCAUAAGGAAGAAUGCAUG